ACAACUCUGACAAAUUUUUUUCUGAUAUUUUGGCAUCACCGUCUACCGCUAUAAUUUGACAUUUCAUUUCAUCUCCAAACAUUUUUAAAAAUUUUGCAUCUUUUGUAUUUUGCUCCUGAAUAAUUACAAAAAUUAAUAUGCCAGCUCAAAUGGAAACUACACAAACAGCCGAAGAAAUAAAGCGAAAACAUUUGCCAUGGAUUGAAAAGUAUCGACCGUCAAAGUUCGAGGAAAUUGUAGGCAAUGAGGACACAGUUAGCCGGCUUUCUGUUUUUUCCACCCAAGGAAAUGCCCCAAACAUCAUUAUUGCUGGUCCUCCAGGAGUGGGUAAAACCACAACAAUUCAAUGUCUUGCACGUAUCCUUCUCGGCGACAGUUACAAAGAAGCUGUUCUCGAAUUGAACGCAUCAAAUGAAAGAGGUAUCGAUGUAGUUCGUAAUAAAAUAAAAAUGUUUGCCCAACAAAAAGUCACCUUGCCAAAGGGAAGACAUAAGAUUAUUAUCUUAGACGAGGCUGACAGCAUGACCGAAGGAGCUCAGCAAGCUCUCAGACGAACCAUGGAAAUAUACAGUAAUACAACACGUUUUGCUUUAGCAUGCAACACCAGUGAGAAAAUCAUUGAGCCAAUACAAUCCCGUUGUGCGAUGUUGCGUUUUAGCAAACUAUCGGAUGCUCAAAUUCUUGCCAAACUAAUUGAAGUUUGUCAAAAGGAAAAUCUCACUUUUGAGGAAGAAGGUUUAGAAGCUAUAGUGUUUACCGCACAAGGUGAUAUGCGACAGGCAUUGAAUAAUCUCCAAUCGACGGCAAAUGGGUUUGGGACAAUUACUGGGGCUAAUGUAUUUAAGGUUUGCGACGAACCACAUCCCAUGCUUAUUCAAGACAUGCUGGAACAUUGCGUGCACAAUGAUAUUCAUAAAGCUUACAAGAUUUUGGCUAAACUCUGGAGGUUGGGCUAUGCUGCUGAAGAUGUUAUUGGAAAUAUAUUUCGGGUGUGCAAACGAAUGUCAUUCGAUGAGAAGGUAAAACUUGAAUUUAUUCGGGAAAUAGGUGUCACACAUAUGAAAAUUGUGGAUGGAUUGAAUUCGUUGUUGCAACUUACGGGAUUGUUGGCGAAAUUGUGUGCUAUUGCAGAGAGGAACUAAACAAGCAUCAGGUGGAUUGUGUUUUCUUUUUUAUAAUGAUUGGUUCAAAUACAAAUUUAAUUUUUAAUGUUAA